UAACCCUCCACAGUUAGAGCACCGGGUGCUUUCGUUAGCCGCCUGCAAUCCCUCAGUCUCGUGUGACAACUGUUAAACUAUAUAUAACCGCAUUCUUAUUUGUGAGUCAACGCUGCCAUGGACCCAGCACCACCAAGUUUCUGUCUCUCAUUCUUUCUGUGUGUGUGUAUGUGUGUGUGUGUGUGUCUGUGUGUCUGUGUCUGUGUCUCUGUCUGUCUGUCUGUCAUGUACACUUUUGAUAAUUCAUGAAAGAAUUUCCUGUUCUUAUUACUUUCAUCACUUAUAAGAAUUAGGACUUCCGAUUAGUCCUAGUAAAAGUUCUUCAGGGGACCUGGGCAGAGUGAGUCAGGAAGACACUUACCAUAAACUGAGUUAGAGCUCAAAACCUACAACUUUAAAAGCUGGAGUGGGGAACCCCCUUAGAACCUCAGCCCUGUGAAGGCUGAGGCAGGAGGAUGCUGGGGCUUACUGGACCUACUAAGUGAGGUCCAGCCUUGUCUCAGAAGAAGAGGUGGACAGGGGCUAAGAAACUGAUUGUCUCCCGCCCUCCUCACGCACGAGUCCUGUACACACAAGAAUACUCGCACCUAGCCUUUUAGAAUUAAUAGUGUAGUCUCUGUGCCUUGGGUUGCUUUGUUCUGGACAAGUAGGGCGGAACCUGAGGAGGAGGCCGCUAACUUUCCUUUAAUCUGAUUCCUCUAAAAACUCCAUAGUUCUCUGGCCCUUUUUAUCUGCUGUCUUGUUCAUCUGGUAUUUAAGGGGCACAUCAGAAAUUGAGAGGAAGUAUGUCUAUGGGUGAUCCACAGAGGAAUUGUUCCUUUUUUUCUUUGAAGUAGUAGACUGAUUGGAUUUAUAGGAUAUGUGGGGGCUGGAAAUGAGGACUAGGUGGCCCACAAAGAGCAGGAGAGAUGAAACAUAGAACAAGCUAAUGCCAACGUCUCCUAGAGCCCCCGUGUAUGUAUAGAUGAGUUCCAUGAAAAUUGUUACAUUUCAAAUUGAUGAAAUUUACUUUUAAAAGAAGAAAAGAAGCCAAUUGACAAUAUAAAGAAAAAGCAUGUCAUGUGAGUGAGGCCCAAGGACAUUCUGACAAUCGGUUACAGCAGCGUUGGUUAGCGAUGUGGUGGGCAUCCCUGUACAUCCCAGCAGUCAGGAGACUGACGCAGGAGCAUUACACAUACGAAGUUAACCUAGGCUACAUGGGAAGAUGUAUCUUAUCUCAAAGUAGUGGUGGGGCACGGAGGGUGCCAGGCACCAGAACAAACACCCAGAAUGUGAUAGCCGUACUCCCAAGAGACCCAAAUUCAUUUAAGAUGAAACUACUCUGCAAGUUUGCUGUGAGUGAAUGAUUCUCCAUGUGCUGCUCUGAGCUCUGCUGUUGGGUGCUGUGAGGGAACCUCAGGGAAUCUCUGAAGUUGAGACAUGGAUGCAGUGACUUUUGAUGAUGUGCAUGUGAGCUUCACUAGGGAAGAAUGGAAUUUGCUCGAUCCUUCCCAGAAAAGUCUCUACAAAGAUGUGAUGUUGGAAACUUACUGGAACCUCACUGUUAUAGGAUACAAUUGGGAAGACCAUCACAUUGAAAAACGAUGUCAAAGUUCUAGAAGUUAUGAAAGGCAUGAAAUAAGUCAUAGUGGAGAGAAACCAUAUGAAAAUAAGCAAUGUGGUCAAGCAUUUGAAAUGCCCACUCAUCUCCAAAGACAUGAAAACAUACAUACUACAGAGAAGCCUUAUGAAUGUAAUCAAUGUGGUAAAGCCUUUUCACAGCAGAGUAGUGUCCAAUAUCAUAAAAGAACACAUACUGGAGAGAAGCCUUAUGAAUGUAAUCAAUGUGGUAAAGCCUUUUUGUAUCAGGGAAAUCUCCAAAUUCAUAAAAGAACACAUAAUGGAGAGAAGCCUUAUGAAUGUAAUCAAUGUGGUAAAGCCUUUUCACAGGAGAGUAGUCUCCAAUGUCAUAAAAGAACACAUAGUGGAGAGAAGCCUUAUGAAUGUAGUCAAUGUGGUAAAGCCUUUUCACAGCAGAGUCAUCUCCAAAGACAUAAAAGAAAUCAUACUGGACAGAAAGCUUAAGAAUGUAGUCAAUGAACUGGGUGCUGGUGGCACACGACUAAUUCCAGCACUUGGGUGGGAGAUACAGGCAUAUUUCUGAGUUCUAGGCCAGCCUGGUCUACAAAGUAAGUUAUAGGACAGCCAGAGCUAUACAAAGAAACACUGUCUCAAAAAACAAAAAACAAAAACAUAAACAAACAAACAAACAAACAAAAAACUUAUUCAUGAAGGAGAUGUCUCCAAAAACAUAACAGUGCAAAUAUUAGAAAGAAAUCUUAUGAAUGAUGAGAGUAAUCCAGGUGGAAAAGUCUUUCACAACGUUUUUGUCUCCAAAAAGUAUGAAGGCAACCAUAUUGGAGAGAAACUAUGAAUGUAGUCAAGGUGCUAACUCCUUUGCCUGACCUCGUAGAAUCUAUAACAUAAAAGAUCCCAUACUGGAAAGAAACCUCAUGAAUGUAAUCAAUGUGGUAAAGCCUCUGCAUGUCCUAAUCAUAUUUAAAUGCAUGAAAGAAGUCAUAGUAUUAAUAAACUGGUGAUUUGAAUGUGCUUGGCCCUAAGAAAUGGGACUAAAAGGAGGCGUGGCUUAUGCAGUAUAUGUUACAGUUUUGAAGGAAGUGACUUACUAAGGUCGUGGUCUAUGGAGCUCCACGCCAUGCAAAACAA